UCACAGAGUGGCUCAGGAGAGAGCAUUACCCACAGACCUGAGCAGGGAGGAGCCUGCAAGAGGCAGAAGAAGAUCCCAGCGGGGAAGGAGCCAGGCCCCCCAAAGGAACAUGACAGCAGAUUCAGGAAACUAACCCAGCUCUUUGCACAGGGGAGACCUCAGACCACAGGGGAUCUUCACCACGAGCAACACCAUAGAUGUCGAGACUGUGGGGAAGGCUUCAGGGAAAAGCAGGAGCUCACGGCUCACCGCAAGGUCCAUGAGAGAGAGAGACGCUCUCCCUGCGCUGAAUGUGGAAAGAGAUUCAGCUGUCCAGCACAUCUCAAAACCCACCAGAGAAGCCACACGCGCGAGAAGCCCUACUCGUGUGGAGAGUGUGGCAAACUCUUUGGCUAUCUCUACACGCUGACUACCCACCAGAGAACUCACACGGGGGAGGGCUUAUUCCCCUGCGACAAGUGUGGGAAAACCUUCACCAGCCCCUCGGACCUCAACAAGCACCAGCGCUCCCACACGGGUGAGCGGCCCUACCCCUGCACCGAGUGCGGGAAGCGCUUCAACCGGCUCUCCAACCUGAAAAUGCACCACAGGACUCACACGCAGGAGAGGCCCUACCCCUGCGCUGAGUGCGGGAGGCGCUUUGGCCACCUCUCCACACUCGUGAGGCACCGGAGAGCCCACACAGGGCAGAGACCCUUCCCCUGUGCUGUGUGUGGCAAGACCUUCACUAGCAGGACAGGGCUGAGCAAGCACCAGAGAAUCCACACAGGCGAGCGGCCCUACCCCUGUGGCGAGUGUGGAAAACGCUUUGGCUACCUCUGCGCUCUGACCACACACCAGCGGCUGCACACGGGGGAGAGACCCUUCUCCUGUGCUGAGUGUGGGAAAACCUUCACCAGCCCCGCGGACCUGACCAAGCACCAGCGCUCCCACACGGGCGAGCGGCCCUACCCCUGCACUGAGUGCGGGAAGCGCUUCAGCCAGCUCUCCAACCUGACGAUGCACCAGAGGACUCACACACAGGAGAAGCCCUACCCCUGCGCUGAGUGUGGGAAGAGCUUCAAGUACCUGGCUUACCUCGCCAUUCACGAGCGCUCCCACACCGGGGAACGGCCCUUCCCUUGUGACAAGUGUGGGAAGAGCUUCAGCAACAAGUCAGCUCUCACCCGGCACCAGAGAAUCCACGCCAGAGCUGCAGGUGGGGACGAGUGAGGCCAUCCCGGCUGAGAGCUCCGCUCCAGGCAUUCACCAGGAAUAUUUGAAUUGGAGGAACAGAAAAUGGUUCUACAGAACCCAAGGGAAAUCAGGAGUCAAAACCCAACUCCUAUUAUCCCUUCACACACAGUGUGGGUCUUGUCUUCGCUGCACAGUUAACCCCAGCUCUUAUCUGGGUUUUAGCCCAACCUACUGCUACCCACAUCCUGGGAAGGAAUCGUACAGCAUCUCAAAACAAAGAACCACAGGUCUGUCCCCAGACCGGACACACACGGGGAAGUGUAGACACAGUAAUGCAGGUAGGGCUUGCAGUAGGGACAUUCGCACCUGGGUUAGGCUAACCAGGGUGC